UUGGCCCCACAUUCCUCGAUGUCAUCUCCUUCAUUGCUUCUCUCUUAUCAUUCCUUCUUCUUCUUCUUCCUUCCUUCCAUGACCAUGGGCCAUGAGAGAGACUGAAACCUUUUCUUGUUUUGCACUUUGCUAAUCUCACACAAAGCUCCAUCCUUUUCCAACAAAACCCCCCCCUUAUCUCACAUAAAGUCUCAUCCUUUUCCACCAGAAGAGCACUUUCAGCUUCUGGGUUCAUCAAAUGGACGAUGAUGGAUCUGCUCAUAGCUCACUCUUCGGAGACUUAUCAACCGAAGAGGUCACAAGCAAGAUCAUCCUCACAGCAGUCAUUGUUCUGUUCCUGGCGGUUCUCUUCGUCCUUAUCCUCCACCUCUACGCCAAACUCUACUGGUGGCGAUUAGAUCACCACCUCCAGCAGCAGCUACAAGAACAAGAACAAGAACAAGAACUAGAGCAAGAAGACCAAUCACCUGUAAUAACCACUCGCCGGCAACGACGCCGUUUCAUCUUCGUCCCGGGGCAGGACGCUUUAUCCAACACCGGAGGGCUUACCCCUUUUGAGCUCAGUUCACUGCCCGUUGUCUUUUUCAGACAAGACAGUUGUAAAGAAGGUUUGGAGUGUGCUAUUUGCUUGUCUGAGCUUGUCAAAGGAGACAAAGCGAGGCUGCUUCCAAAGUGUAGCCACAGCUUCCACGUUGAGUGUAUUGACAUGUGGUUUCAGUCUCAUUCGACUUGUCCCAUUUGCAGAAACGCUGUUCUUGAAGCUAGCUUAAAGAGGAUUGAACAAGUUUCCGACAAUGUAUCAGAUGCUUUGUCUCAGAUUUCGAGUUCUUCUUCGGAUUUUCCGACCAAUGUGUUGGUAUGGGGUCGCCAAGAUCAGGUUAGUACCAGAAACACCAAUGUUGGGUCUCAAGAAGAGGGUAUUGGUCAAGAUGCUGUUGUUCUUGAUAUCAAUGAUUCUGGAGCUAGGAGUCAAAAUGUGCCGUCUUCAUCAGCAAUGAGGUUUAUUGCUGAGGAGGAAGAGCCAAAGUCUCCAAUGACAACGAGGUUGAGGUCCUUGAGGAGGUUUCUGAGCAGAGACAAGAGAGUCUCUUGUAGCAAUAAUAGUAGUGGUAGCUCCAGUGCUGCUGGUGCUGCUUCUUCUGUUGAUCCUUGAAGGUUGUGAUUAGAUUAGUAGCUGAGUGAAAAGGUUGCCUGAAGAUGUCAAAACUGUGUAGUGGUCUCUGCUUUUGUUACUGGCUUUUGUGUUUUGAGAGGUUUCUUUGUUAUCCAAGUAUAUCAUUUAUCUAUGCCAAGGGAAUUUUGAAACUCA